GCCGCUGCUCGGCGGAGAGAGGAGAGGGAAAGGCCGGGAAAGGAGAGGGAAGGAGGGGAGGCCGCCGUCAUGUUGUGUGGGGGCGCCUCGGCGACCAAGCCUGCCACCAGCGAGACCCAGAAGAUCGCCGACGAGGUGAAGCCUCAGCUAGAAGAAAAAGAAGGGAAAACCUUUGAUGUCUUCACUGCAGUGGAGUAUAAGACUCAGGUGGUUGCUGGAACAAACUACUUUAUCAAGGUCCAUGUUGGAAAUGAUGAGUUUGUGCACCUGCGGGUGUUCAAAAGCCUUCCUCAUGAGAAUAAGCCACUGAGUCUCCACGGAUACCAGAGCAGCAAGUUGAAGCAUGAUGAACUGACUUAUUUCUAGCAAACUUAUGUGACUAUGUGACUUCCUAAUGAUUUCUUAUGUAUAUUUUCUAUAGGCUGCAAAAUGUUGAUUCCUGUUCCAACAAAGAACAAGAAAAUAUCUUUCUUUUUAACAAAGCUGGAAAGAAAAUCCAUUUCUCUUUUUGCCAUUUUCUUACAGUGCAAUAUCUAAAUGAAUCACAUAGCUCUCCUUUCACCCUUUGCUAAUGCAAACCCAAGGAGCUGCACUGGCUACAGUGCACCUCAACCAGAAUACUGUGCCUGAGUCGUGUUUGUGGACUUCCCUAGUCUGGAAGUUGCAGGGGAGUGACAGUAACACUCGUGGAAGGUAGACUUGAACAGAAAAGACUUUGAAAGCAAGAGGAUCAGGAGUACUGUAGUCUUUAGAACGUUCCCUUAAUCUUUUUUUCUCUUGCAGCAGUAGGAUGUAAUAUCCAGUAGAGGGUGUAUGAGAUUUUUAAAAAACUUGCUUAUUUUCUGAGUCCUAAGGAGAAGUCGUAGAAAGUCGUAGAAAUUCGAACUGUACAAGCAUUUCUGCACUGACAACAAUAAAUACUUCUCUCAAAUUUA